AAAGCUAACUUCACAUCGCUCGGUUUAAUUUUCCUUUAAGUUGUCGCACGUGUACGUCAUACGUCAUUAAAUGUCACCAUGUGCAAUGUUUGAAAAUAGUAAAUUUCAGUGCUAAGCCCAUUUCAUUUUUUAUUUUUUCCAUUAUAGUAAUAUAAGUUUCCAACCCUAAUGUUCUAUGUCCUUAAACUGUUCCGUUUUAGCCACUUGUCACUCCCAACUGUUAACUAUUCACAAUAUUCUAACAAGAAACUGUUUAACCUACUCAAGAACAUGCCCAAAGAACCUGUUCACAUACACGAAGCCCAAAAGCAGAGGAAAAAGAUCAAAGAAAAACUCUCGAAGUAUGUUCCAGGUAAAGUUACCUUGCAGGUACUCGGUACAGGGGCCCAAGGUGCUCCCAGAGCUUUGUAUAUGUUUUCUGACCAAAGCAGAUACUUGUUUAAUUGCGGAGAAGGGACUCAAAGACUAGCUCAUGAACAUAAAAUGAAGUUAGCUAAGUUAGAGCAUAUUUUCGUUACACAGCCAGUGUGGAACAAUAUUGGGGGUUUGCCUGGUAUUGCGUUAACGAUACAGGAUGUUGGGGUUCCUGAGAUAACACUGCACGGACCCCCAGGACUGAAUGAAGUUUUUUACGCUACAAAACGUUUUGUUGUCUUAAGAGACUUAAAAAUCCAUAUGGCUGAAUGCACCGAAGAUACCGGCUUCGACGAUAAUGUUAUGACAGUAAAGUAUGCUCCUCUUGUCAGGAACCCAAAUAAAAUGGAUGAAUCUUCGACAGACAGCUCAGAAGGAGAAUGCGAUUCAAAGGUGAAGGAUAGUGAAGUAGAAGCGGUAGCGGACCAGGCUGACGCUUCUACAUCCACCAGAAGUGAAAGAAGUAGAAAGAAACGACGGAAUUCUAAGGAUUCGAAGAAUAAUUCUAGAGCAAGUUCUAUAGAUGCGUAUGAGGAUAACACUGACUAUUAUGCUUAUGAAAGUAAGAUAUGUGGAAAAUUUAAGAAUAACAAACGAAAUCGAUCCCGUUCCCAUUCCUCUAGUAUUGAAAGUGGUACCCGUGUAUUAAACAAUGCGCCACAACCUCAUCCGAUGCUUGAAAGUACCAAAGAACAAGGAAUCUCUAUGGCUUACGUGUGCAAAUUACAACCCAGACCAGGAGCGUUGAAUUUAGAAAAGUGCGUCCAAAUGGGAAUAAAACCGGGACCCGUAUUCGGCAAACUCAAAAAUGGAGAAGAUGUGACUCUACCAAAUGGUACUGUCGUCCGAUCGGCAGAUGUUUGUGAACCUGAUGAUCCUGGCCUCGUUUUUAUCGUCUUAGAUUGCCCCACCGUAGACUAUUUAGAUUCGUUAGAAAACAGUCAAAUUAUCACAAAUCAUCAAAAAUACAACAAAGACGAGACUCAAAUCGCUAGUUUAAUUGUACACUUUACACCGAAGGAUGUAGUUGAGAAUCCCAGGUAUAAAGCUUGGAUGGAGCAUUUUCCUGCCAGUACCACACACUUAAUGUUGAACGAAUAUAAUACAUGUAUGGGAAGCGAGGCCGUUCAUAGGAUUCAGUACAAGCUGAAUUUGUUAUCGAAUGAUAUUUUCCCGUUGUUGGGAGAAAAGGGGACUUUGCUACCAAAAGGAGAAGUCGAGGGCGAAAGUGACCGGAAAAAACAAAAAAUGGAAGAUCUCGUCGAGGAUUUAGAAAAUAAUUUAAAUACGGCCAAAUUGUCAGAGAGUCCUUCUUUGUACAUCACUCCAGAUACGUUUUGUGCCUAUCAUUUGAGACCCAAAAGAGGUUUGGACAGGAGUUUGGAACUACGACUCAACCCUACAGAAUAUUUAGAAGAAACUUACAAUGUUGCCGAUUUUAAAACCGUUUUAGAAACCCUCAAAUCCAAUUUGAAUUCCAAAACGGUGUCUAGAGAUGAAUUUCCGAAGAUUAUAUUUUUGGGAACCGGCUCUUGUAUACCGAACAAAACGAGAAACACUAGUGGUAUAUUACUAGCCCUUAAUGAGAACCAGAACAUUAUAAUGGACUGCGGUGAAGGAACCUAUGGCCAACUAAUCCGUUUCUUCGGACCAGAACUAUCUUCGCAAGUCCUAGCCAAUAUCGAUGCCAUUUACGUUUCACAUUUGCACGCCGAUCAUCACAUAGGACUUAUAGGAUUGCUACAAGGGCGAAAAAGAGCCAUUCGGCAAUUGAAAGCGAAGAAAAGUCCAGUUGUUUUGUUCGCGCCCAAACAAAUUAUGGCGUGGCUCAAUUUCUACGACAGGUGUUUUGAGAAUAUCCGGUCUGAGUUUGAGUUGGUCGGUAAUAGUGAUUUGGACAUCAAUAACCCUGUGUCGACAAAUCAAAUUAAAAGUAGUAUAUUAUCUAGACUUAAUUUACAAGAUAUAAAUACUUGUCUUGUCAAACAUUGUCCAAAUGCGUUCGGAGUGUCUUUGACAUGUAAGAAUGACAUUAAAAUCACCUACUCUGGAGAUACGAUGCCUUCAGAAAACCUUGUACAGUUGGGGCACAACAGUGACAUUCUCAUUCACGAAGCAACAAUGGAAGAUGAACUAGAACAAGAAGCUGUGAUUAAAAUGCACUCCACAACAUCACAAGCCAUAGAAGUGGGUAACAAAAUGCUUGCCAAGAAUAUAAUUCUCACACAUUUUAGCCAACGUUAUGCCAAAUUGCCGAGGUUUAACGACAAUUUCAGCAGCAAUGUAGGCAUUGCUUUCGAUAAUAUGCAGGUUUCUUUAUCAGAUUUGCCCCUCAUUCCAGAAUUAUAUCCAGCGCUGAGGCUGAUGUUCGCAGAGCAUUACGAAGAAUUGGAAAAUAAGGCAGUGAAAAGACAAUUGAGGAUAGAGAGAGAGAAAGAGAAGAAAACGGUUGAUAAUAAUUUAAAGCGGAAACAGGUCACGACGUAGAAUUUACGUUGCUUCGUUAUCUUCGUUGUAAAUAAUUGUUUAUAGGUUUUAAAUAAAUUUAAUAAAUAAUU